ACUGCUGUAUCUAGGGGGCAAGUCUUUCAAGAGCCGCAGCAAGGGGGAAAGGGAUACCAGCACCUUUCAAGCUGGCUGUCCGGCUUUCGUGAAGUGCAGGGCCUCUGACGAUGGAAACUUCCUGGAGGUUAUUGAAAUGAAUGACGACCACAACCAUGAGAUAUCUAAGUUACUCUACAGCCACCUGCCACGAACCAGAGCAUUGAGGGAACCAGGGGCCAAGGAAGAAGCCACAGAGCUCUUGGCUUUCCAUGCCAACAAGAAGUUGGUUAAGAAAAGGAUAGAGGAAAAGACAGGGAAACUUGUCCUGCUCAAAGACUUGAGCAAUACCGCCUCUUCCCUCAGACCACAGACAAGGAAUGACCUCAUGAAGAUGGCAGCUCUUCUGCACAAUGAGCAUGGUGCAGACUACCACAUCCUUGCUGAUGGAGAGAAUUUCCAAGGGAUCCUGCUGUCCAAUGAGUCCAUGCGAUCAAACAUGGAUGCCUACCCAGAAUUCCUAGGAAUCGACGCCACCUACAAGCUCCUUGAAAUUCGGACACCAGUGUAUGUGAUGCACGUUGAAGACUCCAAUGGAGAUACAGAGACUGUAUGUGUGGCUAUUCUUGUGAAUGAGUCUGCACCCAGUAUCAAAUGGAUGUUGGAGAAGUUUAAGGAAUUGCACCCAUCUUGGACAAAAAUAAAGUGCGUCAUGGCGGACAAAGACCUCUUGGAGCGCGACCUUCUCAAGGAAAGCUUCCCAGAGUCAAAGGUUCUCAUCUGUGUGUUCCACACUUUAAAGACUUUUCGACGCGAAAUUGCCUGCAACAAGAUGAACAUCACUGCAGAGGAAAGGGACGAAGCGCUGGCGCUGCUCCAAAAGAUGGUCUUGUCUCGAUCUAGUGAAAAAUUUGAGGGGCUGCAAGAGGAAUUUGACACAAACGUUUGCAAAGAGAUCCGCUCCUACUAUGACAAAAACUGGCGUCCCAUCAAGGAUGAGUGGUAUACCGGACCCAAGUUUAUGUCGGAAAACUUCAAUAACACCACUAACAACAGAAUUGAAAGCCUAAAUGCAAAACUGAAAAGCGUUAUAAAGAAACAGCUCCCUGGAAGAGUUUGUGUGCUCACUUUUCACGGUACUGAAUGCUUUGAGCGAUGAACGCGACCACAGGGCACUGACGAGCAUAUCCAAAAGACCCUGCAAACCACCUUCCAGCCCUGAAGAAGCCAUGUACCAAGAAUCAUUGACUCCCUACGCCUUCAAGCUUGUAAGGGAGGAGAUUACCCUGUCAGCCAAGCGGAUGGCAAGUGACCAUGAAGGAGAUGUGUUCACAUUCGAGGCAUCGUCUGGUAACACGUCAACAACAAAAACGAACUGCAAUUGUUCCUUUUGGAACGCUAUGCGGCUGCCAUGCCGGCAUGUGUUUGCAGUUAGGCGGAUUCUGAAUAUUAGCCUCUUUGACAACACACUUUUUCUAAAAAGGUGGUCCGAGGAAUACUAUUACUCGCAUCAGAGAGCCUUCCUUUGUCAAGAGAGCUGUGCACCUGAACACUCCAUUUCAGAGCAGGCUACAAGACCUAGGAGGCCGAUGUCGCAGCAUGAAAAAUAACGGGAGGUAUUUCCUACAUGCAAGUACAUUGCCCAACUUGCUGCAGAAGAGACAGUUGAGAGGUACCAGGGCCGUCUAAGAGUUUUGUUGGCACUUUCUGAGGCAUGGGAGCAAGGACGAGAAAUUGAAAUUGUGGAGGUGUUGCGGUCAAGAGGCCACAUCCCCUUCCUCACCGGAGCAAGUUAGACAACCCGCAGAAGAGGAGAAUGCAGAGCCACACAAAACUGCGUCAGGUGAAGAUCGCGAGAUGUUUGAAACAGCAGAUCAGCAGCAGUCAGAUGAUCAACAAGAUCUGCCUCAAGCCUCAUCAGGUCAUGC